AUGCGAGCCGUCGUUCACGCUGGCCCGUUUCUUGAUUCGCUGAGCUCCUAUGCUCACGAUCCUGCGAGCGAAUCGAAGGAGUCAAGCAUGGCUGUUGCGUGCAAGUUAGAAAAGGCUUCACUUUCGUCAAUGGUUGUCGAUCCUGCCUCAGGGUCUCUUCUCGAGGAUGCAAUGAUUGCUCCGUGUGGCCAUUCAUUUGGUGGAGCGACACUCUCUCGAGUCAUUGAUUCUAUGCUAUGUCCUUAUUGCAUGGCCUCGGUUGACACCAUGACUCUGAUUCCCAACCUUGCCAUGCGGUCAGUUGCGUCUUGCUUCCGCCCGGGCUUGUCGCAUGGAGGCGGCGUGAAGGUCCCAAAGAGAAAGCGGGUGAAGGAGUUUGGAGAAGGGAAAGACCCGUCAGAAGCUGUCAAACGCAGACCUAAGACUGAAGAUGCGAUGCUUGCCAGCUCAUUUGAAGGAGACACAUUUGGCCGUCCAAAAGGAGUACAGUUCCCCUUUUCUGUCAAUGACAAAGUUCUGAUCAAGGGAAACAAGCGCACUCCUGAGAAGUUUUUCGGGAGGGAGGCAAUUAUCACGUCUCAGUGCUUGAAUGGCUGGUACCUGGUUCGCAUGCUUGACUCUGGGGAAAGUGUUCGCCUGCAGUACCGCUCUCUUCAGAAAAGUGAGACUGGCGACGCUCGUCUCUCUAGCAGUCCGGAUGCCCAGAUGGAGAGGAAGGCUGGAGCAGACUCUACAGUAAGGUGGUGGGAGUCGAAGCCUGGGGUUGGAGAAAUGUCGGCAUUGCUGCAAGAAGAUGACAAGGAUGAGAAGCUUGGUCGACCGCUUUCGCUGGCGCUAGGAGAGGAGUCUGUCCCACGACCCUGUCCUGGUGGAGCUUCGUCCUCUUCUCUUCAUGAACAGCCCCCCCUUUCGUCAACACCCAGUCAUCCUGCCGUGAGGAAUGCUGUUGAUACGCGAGCAGCACCACGUGAGUCCCAAGCUUACUUGGGAGCACAUGGAUCAAGCCUCGCCAAGCAGACCCAAGCCUUGAUUGCUGCAGCAGCAGCAAUGGAAGAGGAAUCAAGAGAGGCAACUGGGGACGACUGUGUGUCUGGUGGUAACCAGCAUCUGCUCGACGACCGUCCGUUGCCGAUCGGCGAGGUGUCCUCCUCCGUGCUCGCCGCAUCAUGCCAGCGCAUCCAAUCUCCUCGAGACGAUUCCGCCAGAGUGACACCGGAUGCCACUGAAAUUGAAAAGGGGCUUCUCAUGCUUGUCACAGCCGAUUUUCCAGGCCUCCAGGUGUGCAAUUCCGAGGGCGUCUGGUCGCCGGCGGACCAGGGCGUGCCGCCGGGAAGCUUGCUGCUGCUUGCCGGCCGUUGCCUCCAUCGCGCCACGGCCGGCCUCUGCCCCGCCUCCACCUACCGCGUGCUGCCGCCCGUCUCCUCGGGAACCACCAGGUGCGCGCUCUCGUUCCGCCUCAUGCCGCGCCCAUCCGCGGUGAUCGACUGCGCCGUGCUGGCGCACGCGGGCCACGCCGUGCCCGCCGCUAUGCGCGAGAGUGUGUGCGCGGGGGCCUUCAUGGACGCGCUGGGCCCGUCCGCCUCCGCCGCCGACCUGGGAAGCAGCGACAGAGAAUCCAGCCUGGCUGUGUCAUGCAAGCUGGAGAAGUCGUCUCUUGCCUCCAUGGUCUCGGACCCUGUCUCGGGCUCGCUGCUGGAGGAUGCCAUGGUGGCUCAGUGUGGGCAUUCCUUCGGCGGAGCAACACUCGCAAGAGUCAUGGACUCGAUGGUGUGUCCAUACUGCAUGGCGCCUGUUGACGUCAUGGCGCUCAUUCCCAACCUCGCUGUGAGGUCCGUGGCAUCAUGUUUUGGAAAGGGCCUGCCGCACCACACAGGGGUCGGGGCUGGGCCGGGCGCAAAGGCGCACAAGAGGAAGCGAGACAAGGAGCACACAGGGGAGGGCAAGCUGUUGCCAGACGGCUCCCUGCCUCAACCAGUCAAGCGCCGCCCCAAGCCUGAGGACUCGGGGCUUCUCGGGUCUCCUGAUGCUGAAGGUGGUGGCCGCCUGAAAGGCGUGCAGUUCCCAUUCUCCGUCAACGAAAAGGUUCUGAUAAAGGGGAAUAAGCGAACGCCUGAGAAGUCCUUUGGCAAAGAGGCAGUGAUCACUUCUCAGUGCCUCAACGGCUGGUAUCUCGUGCGAGUGCAGGACUCGGGGGAAAGCGUCCGUCUGCAGUACCGUUCUCUUCAGAAGUGUGAUGGAACGCCAGUGGAAGCCAAGUAUGAGGCGCACCAUGCGAGCACAGCAGAGGCACAGGCAGAGGAAGCAGGGGCGGGCGGAGAUGGCAAGAGCUGGUGGGGCGACGAGGGGGAGAAACGCCUGAUGGGUGAACAGCCAAUGAUGGGCGACGUGUCAGUCUCACAGCCAAUCAUAGGCGAGAUGUCAGCCUCUCAACCAAUGAUGGGCGAGAUGUCAGCGCUGCUCCAAGCAGACGACGACUCAGACCACCCACCGGCCUUUUCAGACGACACUCUCCUCCCUCACAACCCAUCCAACAGCAUGUCUGUAUCCCCAUCUCUGCUCGGACAGUCAUUUGACCACUCGCAGAAACCUUCCAGCAGCAGCACUCCUCUAUCCCCAUCUCUGUUGGGACAGUCCCUCAUGCUGUCUCCCCCAUCCAGCAGCCAUCUGGCAAUGCUGAGCUCACCGCCUAUGGAAGGUCGUGCAGCCAUGCUGACCUCACCACCGCCGCCCAACAGCCAUGCAGCAAUGAUGAGCCCGCCGCCGCCCAUGGGCGGGCGGCUGUCCAGUGUGGCGGAGUCGAGCUGUUUUGGGGCGGCUCAGAAGCAGCAGCAGGCUGGUCAACUGGCAAUGCCAGUGCAGGGCUUGCAAGGAGGAGGGGGGGCUUCUGGGGGUGCAGAGGCAGGGGGGUGUGGGAGUGAAGUGCCAGGGUUGGGGCUGUCACCUGGGCAGCAGCAGCAGCAGCAACAGCAGCAGGGGGGGUCUCUGCUGGCCCAAGGGACGCAUGCACUGAUUGCAGCAGCCGCAGCUGUGGAAGCCGAGUGCAGGGGGGAAGCGGCUGGUGGGGAUGUUGAUGGUGGUGCUGGUGGUAAUGGUGCUGGUGGUGAUGGUGCUGGUUCUGGUGGCGGUAGGGCUCCCCUUGCUACCAGUGGAAGGCAAUACAGGGGCGUACAGGGCAGCAAACAUGGGGCCGGGGCGGGUCGGUCGGGCAGUGUGGCUGAUAGACGGCCAUCGGAGCAGCAAGGGCCGCUGCCCCUGUGGAUGUCACCCGACACGGCAACCACGAUUCUGCACCAGGCGAUUUCAGAUGCUGGUGGUGCUGGCAAUGUGGAGCGUGGUGAUGGGGAGUUGGGAGCGGUGAACAAUCAGGCUGGUUUCUCCCAGCAGCCCCCCCGUUUCGACCGUAUGUG